AGGGUGAAAAGGAAUGGUACGAGCUGUCUCAGAAGAGCUACCGUUGGCACUUAUCCUUCAAAAUAGCAUACAGUCACUUGAAUCUUGUGCUCAGGUCUAUUACCACCAGGGGCUGACUGACCAUUUGAAAACUCGGGCACUGCCCAAGGGCCCGGGAUGCCCCUGGUACCUUUUUCAUAGGCUUUUUUGAGUUUGGGCGAGGACACAGGGGCCCCAUGAUCCCCUAUUGCCCAGGGG